GGAAGGACCGUGCCCGGGUCUCCCCCGCUCGCCGCCAGCCGAGCCGGGGGCCGCGGGGCUCGCACCGUGUGCGGGGCGGAUCCACCACUUAGUCCGGGGGAGGCCCACGGUGAAAAGUUUCCUCCGGAGGUCACUAUCACAUGACAAAGGCUUUGAGACAGCUUCAUCUUCAUCUGCCUGUAAUUUCCAUUUGCCUUCCCGGGUCACAGUAAUGAAAGGCAGUAGUAGGAAUAAGGAUCAUUCGACAGAAGGGGAAGGAACUGGGAAGCGACCAAAAAGGAAGUGUCUUCAGUGGCAUCCCCUGCUUGCCAAAAAACUCCUUGACUUCUCUGAAGAGGAGGAAGAAGAGGAAGAGGACGAAGAUAUUGAUAAGGUGCCACUCCUUGGCGCUGACAGUUUAGAGCAGGAUGCUGAUGAGACCGAAGAUGACGAGUCCUCGGAGCAGCGAGCUCGCCGACCUAUGAAUGCAUUUCUGUUGUUCUGCAAGCGCCAUCGCUCCCUCGUGCGCAAGGAACACCCUCGCCUCGAUAAUCGUGGCGCUACCAAGAUCUUGGCAGAUUGGUGGGCUGUUCUAGACCCAAAAGAGAAGCAGAAGUACACUGACAUGGCCAAGGAGUACAAGGAUGCUUUUAUGAAGGCAAACCCAGGGUACAAGUGGUGCCCCACUACAAACAAACCUGUAAAAACCCAGACAUCCACUGUAACAAGCAGGAAAAAGCUAUGGGCCUUUGCAUCAGAUGCUACAAAAGACUUACCAAGCCCAAGGAAAGUGACGACAAAAAGUGAAGAAAUGCCACAGCUUAACUUUGGGAUGGCAGAUCCUACACAAAUGGGAGGUCUGAGUAUGCUGCUUCUAGCCGGGGAACAUGCCCUGACUGCACAAGAGGUUUCCUCAAGUACUUGCCAGUCUGAUGCAACUAAUUCUACAGAAGCCUGUCAGAAGUCAUCACUGUUUCAGUUUGCAGAGAUCUCUUCGAGCACAUCACAGCCUGGAGUCCUGGGAGCUGUGAAACAAACCGAGGAGUCUGCAUUGUUUCAGUUUGCUGAGAUUUCUUCAAAUACAUCCCAUUCGGUUCCUUCUGAUGUAACAAAACAAUGUGGAGCAUCAGCGUUAUUUCAGCUGGCAGAGAUGUGCCUUGCUUCAGAAGGAGUAAAAGUGAAAGAACCUGGGAAAACAAAAGUGGAAGCACUGGAAGAUGUGAGAGGGGAAGUUCCGGAGGAGAUGGAAGCAGAACUGGAGACAACAAUAAAAGACUCCUGUGAAGGCAAACCAGAACAAUUGGAGAUCAAGAGAAUGCAAAACCGGGAUGAGGGGAAAGCUGAGGAAUCAGAAACUGCCAAGUGCAGGGAUUUUACCAGUCUCUCAAUGGAGAAUAGUCCUUUUGAGAGGAACGACAGCACGAAGGACCACAUGUGCUGUUCUCCAGAGCUCUCGCUGGCUGACAUGGGUAUCCUCAGCCUAAAGCCGGAAAAGAUGAAGAAGAAGAAGAAGAAGAGUAAGUUGGACCGGCACACCAAUGACAAAUCCACCCCCAAGAAAGGCUGUAAAAAGAGGCAGUCCUCCGAGUCGGACAUUGAGAGUGUCAUGUACACCAUUGAAGCCGUGGCGAAGGGGGACUGGGGGGCUGAGAGACUGGCGGAGACUCCCCGCAAAAGACCCCGUCCUGCCCCAAAUGUGAAGGAGAGUGUGUUGGAUUCGAAAUCACCAAAGAAAAAAGUGAAGUCGAAAGACAAGAAAACGUCAAAGGAGAAACCCACAGAGACCACCAAAGAAUCAAAGCCUCCCGAUUUCCUUAGUAUUGCAGGCAGCAAGGAGGAGCCGUGCGAGGCUUCGGAUAGCGUUAAAGCAGAGCCACUGACCCCGACAGAGGAGGUGGUGCCCCAGAGCUUACCAGAACAGGUCAAAGCUGAGGACAGUGACUGUGUUAAAAAGAUAGAACCCUGUGGCUCCAGGAAAUCGGAGAGGUCUUGCAAAGGUGCUCUCUAUAAAACCCUGGUGUCAGAGGGCAUGCUCACAUCUCUGCGUGCUAACGUGGACAGAGGAAAAAGAAGCUCAGGAAAAGGCAACUCCUCAGAUCAUGAAGGAUGCUGGAGUGAAGAAAACUGGGCCUUUUCCCAAAGUGGGACAAGUGGGAACAAAAAGCUGAAAAGGCCUAGGCCAAAGGAAGAGUUUGUUUUUGGCUUAGCAAAGUUGGAAGAAGAAUUUGAAAAGAAAUUCAACAGCCUCCCUCAAUACAGUCCUAUUACCUUUGACAGGAAAAAUUCAUCUGUCCCAAGGAAAAAGAGGAAGGUUGGAAGCGGCUCCUCCGAACAUCCAAAAUCCAACAAAGCCAUACUUUCAGAAGACAGAAUUUCCAGUGACUCUCCCUGGAAGAAUAAAAUAUCUCUAUCUGCCCUAAACACUCCAGAGCCAGCAAUGAUGCAUGAGCCUUUAGUUGGCAGCCAGAAAAGGAAAGCAAGGAAAACUAAGAUCACACAUCUCGUCCGAACAGCAGAUGGGCAAGUGUCAGCAGCAGCAGGGACACUGGAGGAGAAGCUGAAAGAGCUGCCACAAAAUACUCUUCAGAAGACACAAAGUGCAGAAACAGAUUGCAACAGUGAAUGCUCCAGAAAUGCAGACACGGAAGAAAACCAUAGUAUUACAUCAGAUAUGCCAGCAGUGUCUGCCUUUUUUAGCUUAGCUGCUCUGGCAGAAGUAGCAGCCAUGGAAAAUGUACACAGAAAUCAGAGGGCCACACCUCUCCCACACGAUGGACAGCCAAAUGAAAUGUCUCAGGCUCCAGUGCUUAUUUCCUGCGCUGACCAGUGAAGCUCCACUUUAUUGUAAAACAUUGUGCUUUACCUAAUAUCCUAGCCUUGUCUUUACCAAGGGAAGCUAGUCAGUCCAUAUGAUGGCAACUAUAGACUGCAAGCAAGUGCUUUUUGUUCUGAGUGGCCCAGAAUUCACUGGAAGCCAGACGUUAGCAACUUGGGCCGGGUCCUCAAAUCGGAGCCCAGCGUGUAGUAGGGUGGUAUUAAUUGUCUAUGAAUGAACAGAAAUGGAAUGAUCCUAGAGCUUGCUUUCUAUUGAAGGCUUUUAAACAGUAAAUAGGUGGUUGGUGUGAAAAAAGGCUGCCUUUACUGUUAGCUGACACAGCAUCUCUUUUACCAACCAGAGAGUACGGCAACUAGUUUCGUAUAAUACCUAGUUAUUCUAAAUUAAGAAAAAAAAGGAAAAAAAGAAAAAAAAACAACAACAAAAACACUGACGCACUGCACUAGUUAUUAUUAGAUAUUCUUAGUCAUUUUUGUACAUGAAGAUUUAAGUUCUAAGAUGGUUUAUAUUAAUAGGUUAUGCCUACAUUUAUAUUGUAGAAUGGAUUUAAACCCUGUUCCAGAGAACUCGCGGCAGCCUGGACAGAUGUACCAUUGUUAGCGGUGUUUGGGCAGCCAUGUGGUCCAGAUGUUCUGCACUUUGAUAUUUGCCACCGGAGUGGUAGAGUUUACUGGGAGAGAUUCUGACAGGCGAUGUUUGGGUUUGUUUCCUUUAGCUUUGAAUAACCAGGAUGAUGUGCAUUAGAAGAAAGGAGUGGUGUAUGGAAAAGAGAAUACUGCAGAUAAUUGACUUGUCUUUCAUGCCUUGGAGGGUUCCUUUAUUUUUGCAUAGACUUGGUAAAAGUUUCCUGUAAACACAAAGUACUGCAAAUGCGUUUUCUAAAGUGACCUUAGUAUUAUUUCACCGUUCGGAACAACCUAAAGCCGUGACUUUUGGAUAUACACCAAUACACAUACCUUUUGCAUCUUACAGACACUGGCAUUGUUGUAGUUACUAUGCACAGUCCAGAACAGCUUCAGAGGUUGCGUAAAGGGCCGAUUACAGUUUGUGUGGGUAAAGUGGCAAGUUGUAUACAGAUAAACUACAACUGAAGAAGAGUCACCUUUGACUGAAUUCAGACAACCAAACAGAUCCAUCUGCCAGUUUCUGUCUUUGCUUAUGUUGAAGUUUUGUGUUUUGCUCUCAUGAAUACAUCCCAAAAGCAGGCCAAGUGUAUCACUUGGCCCGUUACCUUCGCUAUCUUGACUUACACUAUUGUAUAACGAAGCAUUGAUUCCUACCGAUAGAUGCAAAAUGAUCACUAGUAAUUGAUCUAAAGCUACAAAUUCAACAGGGUACUUCUUCAAUAGCACAAGAUGUUUCCCUACUUUUUGCAUUGUAGCACAACAAUGUACCAAAUUGGACUCCAGCAAUAAUUUUCUAUUAGUCUUCGUCAUACCGGCUGAACUUUUGAUAGUAUUAGAUUGAGUUUGAAGUUCUUUGAACUAAGUCUUUAAAUGAUGCGAGUUUACAUCAUUCUAUCAGGCAUUCUUAUUUAUACUUGACUGAAUUGAUAAUGUGUUCUGGGGUUAUUUUGUAACUAAUUUGAUGUAAUAGCCAUAUGGACAGUAACUCUAUUAAUCCUCGCUAGGUUUAGCCUUUCAUUGUAGUGGCUAAGUGAAAGUCUUUGGUGCAGUGUCAGGAAGCAUACAACAACAUGCCACACGAGUUGUAACAAAGGCUUAAAGGUCUGACAAAAGGCAGGUAGCUGGGGAAGUGUCACUGAAACAGCACCAUCCAGGAUGCAUGCGUUGGAAGAAGGGAACAACAAGAAGAAGACAGCCAAUGAGUCAGUGGAAAGGCUUUUUACAAGUUCAGGUGAAUACAUGACUGAGAGCCCCUUAAAUGCCAUUGCAGCCUAUGGCAGUAUUUUUAAUGAGAUUUUAUUAAAGUUUUAUAACUUAUUUUAACAAGACAAAAAUACUUCAGAGACUUAAAACUAAUGGGUCACAGCUAGGUGGCUGUUGGAGUUUUGGACCACUUUAUAAUUAGCUGAAAUCCAAAUAUGUUACAGUGCAGGCCGUUCACGUUGACAAUGGUACUAACUUAUUUCUCUAGAAACCUUUAGAGUAGAUAUAUUUUUGUCAAAGCACCCCAUCCUUCCUCGAUUUAAAUUUCAAUAUUGUUCCUGAAGAUAUUUCUGUAUAUUAAUGGUACCUUUUUUAAAAGAAACAGAAAAUUACUUUUUUCUAUAUGAAUUAAUAUCUUACUUGAUCUGCUUUUCCUUGACUUUCCCUUAGAGAGGGGGUAGGGUUGGGUCAGUUUACUGGAUAUGACUGUUUUCAGAUACUUAUAAACCUUUUUGUAGAUAUGCUUAAUUUUUAAGCGAUUAGGCACUGAGAGUAGCAGAAAUCCUGCAAAGCUUUAUAGUUCACUAGGCAUUUGCCUUUGUUGGUUCUCUGAGUGAUGUCUUGAUUUGAGUAGCUAGAAGUUUCCCUGAAUCUACUAGAAGGGGUAUCAGUAUUUUCAGGUAACAAAGUCUGUUAGCACAACAAAAACUUCAGACCAAUAUCUUACUGUAUUGGGGUCGGGGUUGGGGUUUAUUUUCCUUGUUUUGGUUUUGAUUUAUUUCAGCUGCUUUCAUUUUGGAAAAUCUUAUUGCUAUUGUGUGUACUUCAGUAUACCAGCAAACACUGUUACCCGUUCACAACAUUGUCCACAAAUGCCUCUAGAGAAGAAAUUGUUGCACCUUAUGUAUAUCUCAAGCAAACCAAAAUAUGAUGCUUUUCUGCUUUGUUUAUUCUGAAUAUGUUGUAUCAUACUUUACUGAACCCAUUUUAACUUAGCUAAAGCUAUCGAUAUUUAUGCAUUUCACAUUAUUUUCUGGAUCUGAACCUGUGUAUAAAUCUUUCUUUAAAAAAAAAAAGAAAAAGAAAAGAAAAGCAUUUACUGUAGUCAUCCUCUGUGACUUAUCCAUGGGAGGGGGGAAUCUUGUCUCAAGUGUCAAAUGCAGUACUGUCCCAGUAGUCCUUGGCUUUUAUUUAUUGAGCGAUCUCUGGUAUUUCGUGUGUAGUUUUGAGGUAUGCAAAGUACAUUGUCGUAGCCAAAGCUACAGAUCUAAGCAGCUGGGAGAAAAUUACUGUAAUGUUGUCUUCAUUGUUCUAGUACUGUAUGCAAAUAUGGGAGAACUGUUCUGCAGAACAUUUGAGAUGCAGAUUCUUAUCCCCACAGUAGGUUAUUUUCCAGAUAUUAGACCAAAUCAAUAAAAACUCAAUGAUCUUAAAGGUCUUCUCUGAACUAAAUGAUUCUAUGAUUCUAAAACCAUCUAUGGAGAUUACUUAAUGCUCUGCUUAUGGCAGGAACUACCCCUUGAAUGUGCUGUAAUUUCAGAAAUAGAAUAUAUU